GUCUGCGUUGAGGAAUACACUUCAUAAUCGUUUUAGCAGAGCAGGAGUGAAUUGUACCUUUUUGGUGAGUUACACUGUCCCAAAACACACUCUCUCCUCCCAGUCUCCCCAGAGCUGGAGGCCAAACAAGAGAUGUGUAGGGGGCGUCCCAGGUGAGUGCCAUGGAAAAUCUCCCAACCUAGAAGUGGUGGACAAACCAAGCGCUUGAUGGAAGUUUUACCCAUAUGAGACACAAUUAUGGACAAUUUGAUUGCAUGGAUGCCAUUGGCCUUUCUAGGACCAUCUCAGCUAUAGAACCAAUACCAACUACAUUUGGUAGGAGCAAACCCAGAGUUCUAUAGGCGGACAACAGAUCAUGUUUAAUCAACAGGCCUACCCUUCCUUUACCCACAACCCGGCCCUGGUGCCAGAUGGCAGUGGACAGUAUAACCUGGGUACCUACACUGGCACGGCCGGGGACCAUCACCAAGCUCAAGCCUUCUUUUCUUUCUCUGGGGUGAAAUCGGACUAUGGGGAUCUUGGGGGGCAAACGACUAGCGUGGGUCAUCUUUCUGCCUGGAACCCCCUAACUUCUCUGGAUUCUGCCAACCAGUUGGGCAUCUCUGGCCAAGGGAACCCAUUUAAGAAUUUAAAGAGGGAGAGAGAAGACAAGGAGGAGAAAUCGGAAUCUCCUGAGCCCAAAUGCAGCCCACCCUCUCUGCCACCCGCCGCACCCAUCUACACCCACGCAUGGAAUCCCAACGCAACCUUCUGGUCUCAGGUCUGCUCAGGUGGGACCACGGUUGCGUCCAAGCCUUUACUCAUCCCACACCAGCCUGGAGAUAAAUGUGACCCAGAGUCGACAAAUAACAUUUUUACCUCCAGCCCCGACAAAUCAAAAGAGAGCGGGAUCUCCAGCUUGGAGAACAGUCGCUGUAGCAGCGCCACCAGCAGCUCAUCAGGUGGAAUCAACCUGGGGACCCUGAGAAGCCUUUCCCGGGGAGCUAGUGAUGGGCUGACCAGUGACAGUGAGGAGGAAGCCCCAAAUUCUGGAGAGAUGGAGCAAUUUGCCAAAGAUCUGAAGCACAAGAGGAUCACAAUGGGCUACACUCAGGCGGAUGUUGGCUACGCACUAGGAGUGCUUUUUGGUAAAACAUUCAGCCAGACCACCAUCUGCCGCUUUGAGUCUCUGCAGCUCUCCUUCAAGAACAUGUGCAAGCUGAAACCUCUGCUGCGGAGUUGGCUUCAUGAGGUUGAAAACAAUGAAAACCUCCAAGAAAUCAUCAGCAGAGGGCAGAUAAUUCCUCAGGUUCAGAAGAGGAAGCACCGCACCAGCAUUGAGGACAACGUGAGACACACCUUGGAGAACUAUUUCAUGCAGUGCUCGAAGCCCAGCGCGCAGGAGAUCGCUCAGAUUGCGAGAGAGCUGAACAUGGAGAAGGACGUGGUGAGAGUCUGGUUCUGCAACCGACGGCAGAAGGGGAAGCGCCAGGUGUACCCCUAUAAUAUGGAGACUAGUGGGGAGUCUUAUGAUGCCACCCAACUCUUGACAUCUCCCUCCCAAGGUCCUUUUCAACUACCCCAAGUGAUGCCUUUGCAGGUUUUUCCGACGGUCCCUCUGGGUCCCAACCCUGCGAUCUACGUUCCGACAUAUCACAAAAACGACACAUUCCCCCAAGCAAUGCAUCAUGGGAUAGGCAUGGGUAAUCAAGGCAACUAAACUAGGCUUUGCCAGGUUGCCGCUUACCCAUCCCUCCAGUCUGUGCAUCUUAACUGUAUAGUUACUGUACUACUACUACUACUACUACUACUACUACUGUAUAGAUCUUUCUCUGAUAACAAUAUAGGAAACAAUGGUGCAUGGGGCUGAUAUGUAUCACAAAGUGUACAUGAGUUCUAUGCACGGAUGCGAAGUAUCAGGCUUUACUUCACCUUUAAGUUGUAUGAUUUUUCAUUCACCGUUUUACCACUACCAGGAACCAGAGCAGAAAGCUGACAAUAUCUUCCUGUUCUGAACCAUUUGGGCAGAAGGAAUGCUAUAGGCUUAUAGUUUAUUCAAUCUGCCCAGUCAGCCCUUGCCCUCAGUUGACUUUACUGUCUGAUGUCUCUAUAUAAGGCUGUUAGGUUACCCCAUCCUAUUCCCUCAUCAGUUUGCUCUGUACCCACAAAUUUCCCUGGCCCUUGUGGUUCUCCUGAGCCUUUAUCCCCCUUUUAUAAACAUUAGGGAUGCACCGAAUCCACUUUUUUGGAUAUGGCCGAAUACCGAACCGAAUCCAAACCCUAAUUUGCAUAUGCAAAUCAGCACUAAGUGCGCGGCUAAAAACAUUUUUACUUCCAUGUUUUGUGACGAAAAGUCACAUGAUUUUAAGGAUCUGGAUUCGGUUCGGCCAGGCUCAAGGAUUCCGCGGAAUCCAAAUCCUGCUGAAAAUGGCCGAAUCCUGGCCAAAUACCGAACUGAAUCCUGGAUUCGGUGCAUCCCUAAUAAAUUUAUAUGUUAUGUACUGCCCAAGCAGCUUCAUUAGACUGUAACUUAUUUACCCCGUCUCACAGAGAAGCUGAUAUAUGUCCCUUGAUUUGCACUAGUGUUCAUUCCAGCUUGUGAAAUGCUCUGUGGAAGCAGUGGAGCCCCCCACGACCUGACCUCCUGGUAUACCUGUCCACCGAGGAGCAAGCAAUAUUAAUGGAGGUCCAGCACUAACCCACCCACAAACUGUGCUGCAAACCCAGAAAGCAUCCCCUCACCUCUUGUAAAUGGACAGAAAUCAUUUGUUGGGGUCCUAUAUUACCCCGUUGCACCCCCAAACUUUAUUACAUUUUGGAUCUCUUAUAACUAUUGAGAUUUCAUAUGUCACAGAUACCCCCUAUUGCCCCUGCCCCCCGCACAGACCCCACACACACACAUUUUUUUUUUUUUGUAAAUUUCCUACUUUCUGUAAAAUGUGUGUUGUUCCGUUACUGUGAAAUAUUCACUAAAUAAGACCAAAUUUUCCAGGAAAAUAAACAAUGGCCUGUUUUCUAA